AAGUCCAUCCAAAUCCUAUAAACAAUAUGCUACAAAUACAGGAAUUAAUUCUUAUAAAUUUAUUAAUGCAGCUUUGAACUUGUCAAGUUGUGCAUUUUUGUCCCUCCGUUUAAAAAAAAUAAUACUAUUAAUAUUGAAAUCAGGAAAAUGGAGAAUUUCAAGUUUUUCAAUUCGUUCAUCAUCAUAAUUUUUCUACUCUUCGCUACUUCUUGUACGCAUGGAAAACGUAUUCCACGCGUUGUGGGCGGAUUCAGCCAUUACGCCCCCCACCAAGUAAGUUUGGUAGAUACCGAAGCAAACACGCAUUUCUGCGGGGGAUCAAUCCUAAAUUCGCUCACCAUCGUUACGGCCGCUCAUUGUCUCUACCGUCGGAAUCGUGAUAACGAGCUGCCAUCAACAAACAUCCCGCGAAUGCCGCAUGAAAUCCGCAUCGUGGCGGGAGAGUACAGUCUUCAACUACGUGACGUUACAGAACAAAUCCGUCAGGUCAAGGUGCUCCGAGUUUAUGGCGGAUUUGAUGCGAGGACUUUGCAAAACGACAUCGCCCUCAUUCAACUCACAGUGCCUCUUAAAAUAAACCGAUUCGUCCACCCAAUUCGGCUACCUAGUCGAGACAGACAAUUUAAAGGAAACGUAACCGUGUAUGGGUGGGGAUCGAAUCGUGCCAAGGAAUUUUUCUUUAUAGGCAAUACUUUUGUGGUCACACCUGACACCCUGCAAUCCGGCGUAAUGUCAAUCAUCACAAGUUUGGAGUGUCGUACUGGUCUGGAUUACUGGAGUGGAUUAGAUGAGCAAGUCAUGUUUUGUGCGAGGUCGAGUAAAACAACGAUUUGCAAUGGUGAUUCUGGGUCGGGUGCCGUUUGCCAGUACUGCGGAUCAUCGAUGCAGGCCUAUUCAGAUAUUGGGGCCAGCACCCAUCAUGCAUGUGUCGACGUCCUCUGCGGCAUAAGCUCAGCCGGGAAGGAUGACACGGAUUGUUUGGUUGACGCAGACGGAAAACUUAUCAAACCACCACCGCCUGCCGUUUUUACGAAAGUGUCCGUAUUUCCGAGUUGGAUUAAUUCCAUGCUCCGUACAGAAUUGAAGGUGAAAGGCAGCUUUCUCUGCGACGAUCUUCAGUAUAUCGCGCAAGGGAAGGAGUGCGACGGAAAUGUUGACUGCAGCGACGGCUCAGACGAGCAUAACUGCACCCUGGAUAACGCAGAAGUGACGCAUUCACCAUACAAGUGGGAUGAAGUUAAACCCGUGCCAAUUGUUCAGCAUGAAAUGGUGCCAACUUCCAGAAAUGAGCCCAAUUUAACAAGUAAUUUUGUAGGAACGAAGGAGACGGUUGACCCCGACUCUUACGAAGAUGACUUUUGGAAUGAUCAGGAUAACGAAAUAAUGGAUCCAAUUGAUAAUAGUAGCAUAAUAACAGGAAAUACGGAACACGACACCAACAGGACAGACAAUUCUGAAACGGUACCUAUCAUUACACAAGAUUUUACACCUAUCGAGAACACCACUGGAAUUGAAUCAGACAUGACGCAUACCGGACCAAGUGAAAAUGACAACUUUACAUUUCGACCCAUAAGAGCAUUUAAUAAUACUGACGAGACUGACCCUGCUGUGACAACGAAACUCAAUACUUCUGACGCCUUUUCUCAUCAUGAUUACGAUAAUAACACAAAUUCACUAGAAAGCGAACUUUUAGAAAAUUCCAUCCCAGAAUUUGUCGAUGCUACGACACAAUCUCAAUUUGACGAUGCAACCACUAAGACUGAGUCCACACCCACUGCGACUGAGACUAAAUAUAACGUUGCAACUCCCUGUACCACAUGGUCUUGUGCGUACGACUACAAAGAAACACUGCCAGAAUUACAGAGAGUGGAGCUAGAAAAUAAAAUUAAAGCGUGUAAAGCUAGUCAAGGGUUCCUUUGUCCUGUUACUGAGUUGUGUAUUAGAAAUUUUUGUAUUUGCAAUGGGGUAAGUGACUGCUACAAUGGGAUUGAUGAAAGUCCUGAAGACUGCAAUGCUACACAAUCAAUUUAUGGACGGUACAAUUAUUAUACUACUUAAGUUUGGUCGCAUAUUUAUUAGUUUAAAUCUCAAUAAAAUUAUUUGGUGAAGGACAA